AUGGUGAUGUUCACAUCUGAUGUUGCCUCUGUGAUGUUGGGCAAACUCAGUGGUGUGGCGGCUCAGCUGAAACGUGAUAUUCCACACUUAGUCCAGCAACACUGCAUUGCACACCGGGAAGACUUGGGAAUUUCUGAUGUAUGGAAAGAGGUCAAGCUGAUAAGAGACAUCGAAACCUUAAUGAGAACUGUCCACACGGUGUUCUGUUGGUCAUCUAGGAGAAUAUGCAAAUUUCAGGAAAUAGUGGAUGCUUCUGAAUGUGAGUCAGUGGCUAUCAGGCCACGCAAUGAAGUGAGCUGGUUAUCUAUGCACUUUCCACUUAGAGCAAUUAUUCGCAACUAUAAUCCUCUUCUGGAAUAUUUUGAGCAAGACAAAGAUACUGAUCCAGUUUCUAAAUACUGCCACAAAAAGCUGAAUACCAUGGAAUACCGAAUAACAUUAGAAGUUAUGAAAGAUGUUUUGUCGGAGCUGGCUUCAUUAUCCACACUGCUCCGGAACGGGCCCUUACACCUCUUGAAGCAUUUCACCUUGCAUGAGAUGAUUGGAAUUUGGAUUGCUGCAUUUUAUCUGCUGGACCCAACAGCAGGCGAAAAAGUUUGCUAUCAACGACUUGGCUGCUUUUCAGAUAAACCGCCAUGGGCUGGAAUACCAGGGAGAUUUCUGGGAGGUUUACCCGACUCUCCAGAGAGUAUGGACAUCAGCUUCACCCUUUACACUAAAGAAACUAGAAAUAACUCUCAAGUGAUCUCUGCAAUACAUCCCUCAACUAUCAAAGACUCACAUUUCUGCUCACAUAGGAAAACUCGCUUCAUUGUUCAUGGAUUCAUGAGCACCGGAAAACGUGGCUGGGUGGUAAAGAUGUGCUUGCUGCUAGUGGAAGUGGAAGAUGUGAACUGCAUUGCCGUGGACUGGGCAGAAGGUGCAAAAGGCAUAUACAUCAGUGCAGUGAACAACAUCCGUGUUGUUGGGGCGGAGAUUGCUUAUUUCAUAAAUACUCUUAUGAAAAUGUUUCGAUACUGCCCUUCUCAUAUCCAUAUCAUCGGCCACAGUCUGGGUGCACAUGUUGCAGGAGAUGCGGGAAGAAGAAUACGAGGCAUCAAAAGAAUAACCGGCUUGGACCCCGCUGGGCCCCUUUUUGAAGGCACUCCGCCAAAAGUCAGAUUGGACCCUACGGAUGCAAGAUUUGUUGACGUUAUUCAUAGUAAUGCUGCUCAAUUUCCUACUGUAGGAGCUGGAAUAGUUAAUACCUCUGGCCACCUUGACUUUUACCCAAAUGGAGGAAGUAUUAUGCCUGGAUGCGAUGAUGUAAUUAUUCCAUCUAAAAAAGAGGCCCAUUACCUUUUAUGCCAUCAUUCACGCAGCCAUCAGUUUUAUUUUCAAAGUAUCCUCCAUCCCAAUGGAUUUCUCGGAUAUCCCUGCAGGACAUACGCGUUCUUCCAGUCGGGAAUCUGCUUCCCAUGUCCCAGAGAAGGCUGCCCAAUGAUGGGUCACUAUGCUGAUCAAUAUCCAGCUAAACUGGAGAAAAUAAACCAAAAAUAUUUUUUAAACACAGGAGCACACCCACCCUUUACUAGUUGGAGCCACAAAAUAUCUAUCAAGCUGUCUGGCACGAAGAAAGUGAGGGGGGAACUAAACAUAGUUUUCCAUGGCACAGACAGGUUCACAAAGCAGUACCAAAUUAUCUGUGGACUCCUUCAUCAAGGUAACAUUUAUACAAAGUACGUCGAUGUUGAAAUUAACCCUAGAAAUAUUACGAAGAUUGAAUUUCUCUGGAAUAAGAAUAUAUUUACUCUGCUUUGGGCCCAACUGGGAGCAGAAAUGGUCCACGUAAUCAAUGAAGAAGAUGGACAUGUGUAA